AUGACGUAUGUGCAAAGCGCUGACCGCUUUGACUGGUGCGCCGGGUUCAGCACGAUGCUGGAAAGUGGCACCGAAAAACGACUCAGAGAUUUGUGGCAGCGUCUGUUGUGUAGCGUUUGUAGUGAGGAGGCUCUUGCCGAGGCCUCAAGGGGACCCAGAGUGGGUUGGAACCCCUACAGACCUGCGCGCGGGGAACAUCUUCUUAAGGGUAUUUUGAAUAGCGAGGUGUAUGAAUGGCGUUCGGCAGUCCAUGUAAAUUCGUUGUGUGUCGUAGGAAGCGCGCUAUUGGUAGAAGCUUCAACGAGUCCUGUAAAUCCAGUGCAUGAUAUUAACCCAUUUCAUAUAGAGGCAAACAACAGUGGGACUGUGAUCAAUGGAUUGUCUAGUGAGGGGACGGCUGCCCAAUGCUCAGGGCGCACUGGGCCGCCGUACGACAAUGACAGUAUAACAAUGGACAUAACCUGCAAUGAAAACAACAAGGAAAAUGCACUGUGCACGACGGCAACGCAGGAUGCGGUUGAUGACAUCUUUGAGGUGCUUUGGGGAACAGUGGCGGUGCCGUGGAUCAUGGAACGAUAUGCAUCAGAGCACCAAUUGCGGCGAGAAAAAGAAGAGACCGAGGUACACGACAGGUCCAAAGCAACAUUGAGUUACUACGGCGCGGAUCACGGGAAUCGUUUUUCUGCGAAGCCAACCCGAAAGAACGACCUCGUACCCAACCGCCGGAGGCCAAAAACUGGGCCUGCCAUACGUCGAGGUGGAACGUUGGGCCGGACGGGGCCGGCAUUGCCUCUUGAGAAAAAGGUUCCGGCGCGUCUUUUACACGCCGUGGACGCAUCACAAGAGGAAUUUGUCGACACGGUAAAAGAGGAAGAGAAUCCUGUUGUGGUAGUGAAGCAGGGGGUACACUUUCCUCAUGAGCUGGGCUGCUCCCCAAAUCAGCGACGAGUGAGCUGCUUCAGGCCAACAGCAAUGAAUUCCUCUGGAGCUCCUGAGGCGGAGAGACGGCGUUUGCUGUUGCUGGGGAAACCCGCCACCCAGAGACCAUCGCGUCAGUGCAAUAGAAAGCCCUCCUCAAGUGCUCUGCAGCCACGUGGCAGCCCCUCUCCCGGCCUUCGGUUCGCUUUGAGAGACCAACAAGAUCGAGUUGGUGGCAAGAAUACGGACAAAUACUUCGGAAGUUUGCGUGUCUCGCCUGGAGGUCGCGGUCGCAAGUUGGCUCCUUUGCCCCCGAAGUCAAAUUUACGCUCACCAACGAAUCUUAGGCAAUAG